AAGUCCUGUCGACCGCAACAUCCCCAAUUCGCGGCCAAUAUAUGACCAUUCUGUUCCACGAACAGUGUCAUCAAACGUUAACGAAACCCAAAAUGCCUAUCCCCACCCAUUUCUCUCUAUGUCAUUCGUGCCACUAAGAUACGACCUGCGCUUCCCGCCUACAUCCCUCGCUUUUCCAUUGUCAUCUUUAUAUGCAGGUUGCGGGUACGAGCUGCUAUUCGUCCCACUCACCCCAGAACGGCCUAGACAGAUACGGCUCAUCAGCCCAGACUUUCCUUGGACAUUUGACAUCGGUCCUGACCUUAGUGCCGGGGAAGAAGGCGUGACGUGUCUUGAUGUUCUCGUUACCCUUCAUGCUGCAUUGCAACACCCACUCACAGACACGGAGUGGGGCACCGCUGGACACGAUAGGCGCGCGAGUCUUAUCAGAGCACGUGAUCGUCGCCCAAUGAUACAACCUGCGUUGCAGGGGAGCUCGAAUUCUGCGGCACGCACCAGGCCAACGGUGAGAUCUACACCCGGCGCAUUAGUGCCAAAUCAUAUGUCCAUGCAGCGAGAGAGGUUACUGCUCCGUGUUGAUUGGCUUGGAUCUCGUGUUGCGUUCGCGGGGCUUAUCAAAGAUGAAGCAUUUGCAAGGAGCAGACUCUUUCCGGGUGGUGGGGAACCACCUGAGACUUGGGUAGUGAAAUUUCAUAGGCUAUGAUUUUGAA